AUGGGCAUCGCAGAGUCCACGCCGGACGAGCUGCCGUCGGACGCCGAGGAGCAGCUACGCAGCGGCGAACAGCAGCUGGAGCUGAGCGGGCGGCGGUUGCGGCGGCUGCCCAGCGCCGUGUGCGCACUGAGCCGCUUGCAGAAGCUGUAUGUGAGCGGCACCGGGCUGCGCGAGCUUCCGGAGGAGAUAGAGGAGCUGCGCGAGCUGCGCAUCCUGGCGCUCGACUUCAACAAGCUGGAGCGCCUGCCCGACGGCCUGUGUCGCCUGCCGCGCCUCACGCGCCUCUACCUGGGCGGCAACCGUCUGCUGGCGCUGCCAUCCGACUUUGCGCAGCUGCAGAGCCUGCGCUGCCUCUGGAUCGAAGGCAACUUCCUGCGGCGCUUUCCGCGGCCUCUGCUGCGCCUGGUGGCGCUGCAAUCGCUGCAGAUGGGCGACAACCGGCUGCGCGCGCUGCCCGCGGAGCUGCCGCGCAUGACGGGCUUGCGUGGCCUCUGGCUCUAUGGCAAUCGCUUCGAAGAGUUCCCGCCCGCGCUGUUGCGCAUGGGCCGGCUGCACAUCCUCGACCUCGACCGCAACCGCCUGGGCGGCUUCCCCGACCUGCACCCUCUGCGUGCGCUCCGAGUUUUCUCCUACGACCACAACCCAGUCACUGGACCCCCGCGGGUGGCAGACACCGUUUUCCUAGUGGGUGAGGGCGCCGUCGAGCGCAUGGCUGAGCGUGACGAACCCAUUCCGCGGCCGCCAGCCCGGCGUCCAGCCCGGGCCUUUGAUGAUGAGGAGGAAGAAGACUUGCUCAUAGGAAGUGCAGGACCCAGAGCCCUGGGGCCCGCCAGGGAUAACCUCCGAGCCUUGGAAGCCCCUCCAGGAUUGGGUACCUGAGCCUUUUCCCUGAGAGAUGGGCUUGGCUACUCUGGAAGAAGGGGCUUUGCAAGGCUGUGGCUGUCUGGAUAUACGGUGCCGCUGGGCCUCUUACUUGGGUCAGUGAAGGAGCAUCAUUGAUCGAGCUGCCUGGCACAGGCAGGCCUGAGGCCGUCUUCAGACACUCCUAGGUAUUAAGAGAGAGUCCCUGGGCUAACCUCUGGGCAGUUUUCAGACCAAGAAGUCUGGGGUAGAGCCACUGAUGGUACAACAGGCGAGCCGGUUCUCACCUGGAAUCAGGGUCACCACUUAUCCAUAGAAUCAUCCCUACUCCGACUUGGGAUGUCCAGGGCAUCUAUCACUUUCACCUG